AUGAACCUCUUGCUCAAGGCCUCGGAUCCAAAUGUGGUGGCCCAAAAACGCAAGUCGUCUGUCGGAUUGCACCCCCCGCCACCUAAAUCUGCCGCAGACAAGGCUGCUGCGGCAGCUGUGGUGCUGAACCGCUACCGCAUUCAAUAUCAGAAUGAUUGGGAUAUGCCCACGUCGAUAAUAACCUCGAAAGAACUCAUCAAGGGAUUCAUUGAUCGCAACGAGUCGAUUGAACUCAUCCUGCCGGCAUUCCCUUUUAAGUCUUCCAAUAAGUCGCAAAAGGUCCUUGGUUCGCUUCCAGAUGAAGCUGAACGUGUCUCAUUGAUGCACCUCAAUGGCCUUUGCGAGUCUAUCAAGGAAGUAACAGAAAAUGACUGUCAUCUGACAAUUAUUUCUGACGGCAUAUCAUACAAUGACCUCUUGGAUGUGUCUGACAGCGAAGUGUGGACGUAUGGCCAGACUCUACGCUCCAUGGCUCAAGAUAUGGGCUGCAACAACAUACGGUUUUCACGUAUAUAUGAGCUACUGGGAUCAGAGUAUAGCCAUUAUACUACAUUAACAGAGGAGGAAUAUCUCCGCAUGGUUCCUGAGUUUCGAAAAGGGCUUGAAAGUAAUCUUCCCGAUGGAUACAAUGUCGCAGAAGAAAUCUCAAACAAUGCCGAUGUGACCGCUACAUAUCGCGGCUAUAAGAAGUUCCUAGAGACUGAGCGUGACACUAAGCUCGGUCGUUCAAGAGCUGACAAAGAAAAUGCCGAGAUUGCCAAACGGAUGUUGAAUCGCGGUAAAGCCUUCGCUGAAGCUAUUAAAAAGAGAUUUCCAGUCUCUGUUCGUUUGUCAAUUCAUCCAUCCACAGAUGUUAACAAGAUAUCCAUUGCGCUGUUGCCUCAAGAUAACGAGGUGCCUAUGACCCCUUGGCACGGCGCCGCUGUGCGCAAGGUUGACGGAACCAUUACCAUGAUGCACGCCUAUAAAGUGCUGGCUAUAUCUCAUGAGAUUAUUUACCAAAAUGGCCGUCCCAUGUACUUCCGGGAGCGAUCUGAUCUCUUCUCAUGGAAUGACAAGGACCUAGAUUUUGAGUAUCUUUACCCAACGGGUAUACUGGUUCGACCACGGGACCCGCGAUCUGCCAAGAACGCGCUCUGUACUGUUGAUAUGCAAAAAGUCCGCCAAUUGUCUGAACUAUGCUCCCCUGUUGUUCUUCGUGGCUUCACUGAUACUAGAGACCGCCGCGCCUUCACUGCCAAAGCAUACGAUCUAGGUACGGUUUUACCCUGGAAGUCAGGCGUCAUCCAAGAAGUCAAGGAUGAGGGCAAUUCAGAUGCCUCCAGCAACAGCGUUGUCUCAAAAGAGGCUAUGCCCAUGCACUAUGACGGCAUGUUUAAGCUGAUCACCGUCAAAGACGAAAAGACUGGAGAAGAGAAACAGGUUUCCGCCAUACCACGGUUCCAAUAUUUCGUUUGCCAGGCAGCCGCGCCUCCAGGGGACGGCUAUACUCUGUUCUCAUCCUCAAGCCGCUUUGUGCAAUACUUGCCACAGUCUUACAACAUUAAGAAGCUAUCCAAGAUCCGCUGGAGCACUCAUAGCCAUGGCUAUUUCCAACAUGAUUUAAGUGACCUCCCUCUGAUUGUGCCGCAUCCAUCGCUGGGGACGCCAUGCGUGCGCUGGCUUCAGCCGUGGCCACGCUGGAAAACUGCCUACAAUUCCCAUGACAUCAGCAUCGACAAUGGCUCGCAGAAUCUCAUUUCUUUAGUUGACUCUAUUCUGUUUGAUCGCCGAGUCUGCCUUUAUUUCACCUGGGAAAAGGGUGACGUUCUGGUUUCUGACAACUUUUUAAUGUUGCACACUCGCACUGCGUUCCAGGGAAAUUGUGAUCGCGAACUGUGGCGUAUCCAUGUUGACUAA